GAAAAGAUGGCUGUCCCGGGACGGGAAGACUUUUCUCGCUCUCGUCGUUUUCACGCUAACACAACAAUUUACCGUCGUUAAUAAUAUUUGUAGAAGAAGGCAACCAACCAAGAACAACUUAAAGCUUCAUAAGGCAUCAAUUUUUCGUGUUUUUCUUUUCUUUUUUUUAGGGCGACGUGAACCGUUUUGGAGGCGAAACUAGUUGGAAGGAUUUUUGGGCAACGACUUCGAGUUUGUCAAAUAAAAUAAGUAAAUUUCUUCUGGACUAACUUUCUAAACUAUUUUCUGUUUCACAGUGCAACCUUUUUGUCGUUUCUUGGACUGUUUUUAUUAUUUUUUUAUUUUUUGUUUUUUUAGGGUGCGGGGUGGGGGGGGGGGGGGGGGUGUAAUAUUCCAGUUGUUAAACUCAUCCGUGACGUAUGAUAGUUUGGAUUUAAAAAGCAGGCCGACUACCAUGAGCUCAUCGCGGGUAAAACCUCAGCACGCCGCCCGCUCGCCGCACACCUCCGAGGCGAGAGAAGGCAUCGAGAUGGAGAACAUCCAGCAGCAUCGUCAGGACUCAGCGGCCGGGGGAAUCGCUGCGGGUACCCCGUCCUCUCCGUCCAGACAAGCCUGGAGCCGCGACAACCCGGGUUUCGAGCCCGGCGACGAGAUAAUAGCAGCGGACUGGCCUCCAGCCAGCCCCGGGAGGAGGUCGGCGUCCACGGCCUCCAGUAACAGCAGCUGCAGCAGCGGUCUGGCCAGCUACAACGUCAGCGGCGGCGGUGGAGGCAGCCCCCGGAUCGACGGUGGAGGAGCCUACCCGAGCCCGAGUGGGGACGAGAGGCAGCGGGGCAGGCUUCAGCACAGCAGCUGUAUGAAGCAGAUACUCCAGAAAAUUCGAAUUCUGUGGGGCACGGAGCUGAUGGAGGACAACAACAGUAGUCGAGAACGGUAUCUAUGGAACGUCCUGAGAGAGAUGCUCAUCUACGUUGCAUUCCUCAUCACCGUUUGUGUCCUGACGUAUGGGAUGGUGAGCACCAACAUGUAUUACUACACCAAAGUCAUGUCGCAGCUUUUCCUGGACACACCCCUUUCCACUGGCGAGGCAGCCACAUUUAGGAGCCUCUCAACCAUGGAACACUUCUGGAAGUUCACCGAGGGGCCUUUUCUCAACGGUAUGUACUGGGAGGUAUGGUACAACAACAAGAGCCUGCCCGAGAACCAUAGUCUCAUCUUCUACGAGAACCUCCUGCUCGGGGUGCCGCGCCUCCGGCAGGUUAAGGUCCGCAACGAGUCGUGCAGCGUGCACGAGGACCUGCGCGACCAAGUCCGCGACUGCUACGACGUCUACACACGCGCCAACGAGGACACAGCCCCCUUCGGGCCCGGGAACGGGACGGCGUGGACGCACGCGGCGGAGGGUGCCGCCAACGGGAGCAGCCACUGGGGUCGCGUGUCCAAAUACGGCGGCGGGGGAUACUACCAAGACCUGUCCCGGACGAGGGAGGAGUCGGCGGUCCAGUUGCGCUUCCUCAAGGACCACCUGUGGCUGAACAGAGGCACCAGGGCCGUUUUCCUCGACUUUGCUGUCUACAAUGGUAACAUCAACCUCUUCUGCAUCGUCAGGUUGUUGGUGGAGUUCCCGGCGACGGGCGGGGUGGUGACGUCCUGGCAGUUCCAGACGGUGCGUCUGAUCCGAUACGUGUCCAGCUGGGACUACUUUGUGGGCUUGUGCGAGGUCAUGUUCUGCCUCUUCAUCCUCUACUACGUGGUGGAAGAGGUGCUGGAGAUCCGCAUCCACCGCCUGCAUUACUUCAGGAAUCUGUGGAACUGCCUGGAUGUCCUCAUCGUCACGUUGAGUGUGGUGGCCAUCGUCAUGAACAUAACGAGAACAGCGAUGGUGAGCCACCUGCUCAAGACCCUGCUGGAGAACUACACCACUCACCCCACGUUCGAGCCUCUGGCCAACCUGCAGCUUCAGUUCAACAACGUGGUGGCGGUCAUUGUCUUCUUCUCCUGGGUUAAGCUCUUCAAGUUCAUCAACUUCAACAAGACCAUGAGUCAGCUGACGGGCACCAUGUCUCGCUGUGCCAAGGACCUGGUUGGUUUCGCCAUCAUGUUCUUCAUCAUCUUCCUGGCGUACGCCCAGCUGGCGUACCUGCUCUUCGGAAACCAAGUCAACGACUUCAGCACCUUCCAGGCCAGCAUUUUUACUCAAUUCCGCAUCAUCCUGGGAGAUUUUGAGUUCUCCGAGCUCGAGGAGGCCAACCCGGUGCUGGGGCCCGUCUACUUCACUACCUUUGUCUUCUUCAUCUUCUUCAUCCUCAUGAACAUGUUCUUGGCCAUCAUCAAUGACACGUACUCUGAGGUGAAGGCGGACAUGUCUCAGCAGAGGUCUGACAUGGAGAUGAGCGACCUCAUCAAGAAGGGUUGUAACAAGGCCUUGAUGAAGCUCAGGCUGAAGAAGACGGCGGUGGACGACAUCUCGGACGGCCUGCGCCAGGCCGGAGGCAAGCUCAACUUGGAUGAACUGCGACAGCAUUUAAAGGGGAAGGGCCACACGGACGCGGAGAUUCAGGCCAUCUUUGCCAAGUACGAGCAUGAGGGUGACCAGGAGCUGACGGAACAAGACCACCAGCAGAUGAGAGAUGACCUGGAGAAAGAGCGAGAGGACUUGGAUCUGGAGCGCAACUCCCUGACCAGACCGUGCAGCGGCCGCAGCCUGCCUCGCGGCCAGGACGACUCGGAGGAGGACGACGACGAGGACAGCGGGCACAGCUCGCGGCGCCGCGGCAGCAGCUCGGGCGGCGUCUCCUACGAGGAGUUCCAAGUGCUGGUGAGACGCGUGGACAGGAUGGAGCACUCCAUCGGCAGCAUCGUGUCCAAGAUAGACGCCGUCAUCGUCAAGCUGGAGGCUAUGGAGAGAGUUACCCUCAAGCGGAGGGACGUGUUGGGAAGGCUCUUCGAAGGCGCCAUGGAGGAAGAGCGCGGCGGUCGGGACGCGGACGCCCACAGCGAACAGGAGCGUCUGGUGAGGGAGGAACUGGAGCGCUGGGAGUCGGACGACGUGUCCUCGCAGGUGGGCCGCCCUCGCCCCCGCCCCGCUUCCUCGCCGUCCGUGGACGCCGACGGGAGCGCUCACGUGUAAAAAAAAAAAAGAAAGGUAAAAAAAAAAAAAGAAGAAGGGACAUUUAAAGGGAUUCAUGGGCUGUGAAUAAUAAGAGCAAUCACGACGAUGACGAUAGUCGCCUCCGAUGCACUGACAGUACGGCUGCGGUUCUCUUCAUUGUCAAGUGGAGUAUCGGUCACAAAAACAGCAAUACCUGAUUAUUCCCGUCAGGCAAAUGGAGGAUUGAGGAAAGGACUAGUAUUAGGGACCACCACGCUGAAAAGCAUAUUUGAGCAAUUAAUGCCACAUUGUUACAAAGAAUAAAGUGAGCCAACUGAAAACGACUAAAGUUGGGGUAAACUACUAAAGCUCCAUUUUGUUAUUUUGCAAGAGAGUGAUUUCAGGUUUGACUUCUGAAAAAAGCUUGGCGCAUUUAUAGCUUGUGAUUUCUAUGGCAAUGAUACUUGUUUGAAAGUGUUAUGAUGAGUUACCAACUUACGAGUUCUUCCAGAUAUGAGCUGAGAUUCAAACGAUAUUUUUUUUUUGCUUUAACUUGUGAGCGCAUACUCGAGCUACACCAGCGCAUUAUGGUAUGUAUGCUAUAUGGUAUACUUAGCUUAGCCUUGUGUCCGCUAGUUUAAUGCUAACGGUAACACAUGAUGGGAAAUGUAAUGAUAACCAUUUAAGCAACUGUAUGUGAACACAAACGGUGCAGCAACACAUUUGGACCUUCAGUAUAAGAAUACUCACAGUCAUAUAUACUUUGUCCUCUGCGAGGAGCUGAGACAUAGACGUCCAUGGAUGUGCAGUAUAUCUUAUACUGCCCCCAGAUGGCCAAGGUGGGCAGCAGCACAAUGGCCAUCCAAUUGAUGCAAAGUGUGAAACAAACUUUCGUUCUUUUUCAUUAUCUCAUUACUGUAUUUUUAAAACCUAAUAUUAUGUAGAGUGCUAUUUUUUAUUAUUAUAAGAACACUACAGUUUUUAAGGAUUAAGGACAUUUCCAUUCAUUUUAGUGAUGAAAGAGUGAUUUGAGAUCCAAGUGAUUUGAACAAUUUGAACGAAUUAAAUUCAUAUCUCAAGACACCAGCAUAUGUGUUUGUUCUUAGACUUUUUGGAUUUUGCCACAUAAAAAGAUUUUGGACUUGGAUCACACGGUCUGUAUCAUCUGGUGUAGGUUGGCUGAAAGAACAGAAACAAACAGGGAUGUUUUUUAAAGACAAACUAUUGUGCAAUAGUGGUCAAAGUCCAAACAUCGGUCAAAUCUAUCAAUAUUUCAUGAACGAUGAUAAAUAACAAAGACAUUCGCUGCCAUUGACGGCUAAAUCAUUUAAAAAUAAUUGUUGUCUUUGUUGUUGUUCGUUGUCUUAAAUUGCUGUUGUCUUCUGUCAAACUCUGAACGUCACUUCUGGGAUGUUUUUGUGGGAGAUGCAGAUGCAAUGAUGAAUCCAAAAAGUGCUGCCCCCUAUAGGUCAAAAUUGGAACUAAAUAUUGAUUUAAACCAGUAUUCAUCUGCUAGAUAAAGCUUUUCUCUAUUAAUUGCUGCACUUCACUUCAAAAUGACAAAAAUGGAGUUAGUCCACUGUAGUUCUCAGUGGCUCUUUUUGUGAGAAAAUUAGUAUGAAUGAAAAAUAAAAUCACAGUAUUUAUCAAGUCAGAAUAUUGUGAGAAAAGGAUUACGUUAUGAGAAUAUUUGUUUUUUGUUACAAGUACCUUAACCAAAAAGUUUAACUAGUGUGAGAAUUAAGUUGUACUAUUAUGAGGGAAAAAAACGUUUUUUGGGGGGGAGAAAAUAAGUCUUUAAUAUGUGAAAAAUUCAUAUUUUCUUUAGAAUGAAGUUGUGAUAUCACAGGGGGAAAAAACAUUUUUAGGAGAAAAAUUAUAGUAAUAUUUCAUGGGGAUGAAAGUUGUCCGUUUAAGAGAAUAAAAUGUUUUAAAUCUAGGAGAAUAAAGCCAUAUUACUACUUGAAAAAAGGUGGAAUUUUCUCAGAAUCAUUUUGUAAUAUUGUGACGAAAAAAAGGCAUUAUUUUCAAGAAUAAAGAUAUAAUAUUAGUAGCAAAAAGGCUAAAACUUUACAGGGGUAAAGAGAAAACAGCUUAAAUUAUGACUUUAUACCCUAAAAAUAUUCUCAUGACAUAAUAUUCUCGUAAUAUUCAGAUUUUACUGUUGUGUUGUUAUUGUUAAAAAUCAUCAAAAUAAAUCAGAUAUAUACAUUCAAUUUUUGUAACAAUGCUGCAAUAUUAUUUUGUAUAUCACAAUUUUUUUUCUUCCAAAUUUCGAAUUUUUUCUUGUGAUGUACAGCACGGUAAAAAUGGAUGGACCUUGUAAUGUUUUACAGUAGCUUUAUUCUCGUAAAAAUUUCAACUUUUUUCUUUGUCACGUUAGACGUUUAUACUGUACUUGCAAGUACACAACUUCUUUCUUGUAAAACUACGUUUUCCCUCAGAAUACAACUUUAUUUUUGCAGAUUUACAGCUUUUCUCGUAAAAUAAUGUUUUUUCUCCGAAUAUUACAACUUUCUUUUGAGAAAAUUACUUUUUUUUUUCUUGUAAAAUUAUAAUACAAACUUUUUGGGGAUAAAAAUGAUGUCUUAUCGUAAUAUUACAACAUUCUUCUCAUGAAACUGAAACUUUUUCUCGUAAAAGCCCGACUUUUCUUGUAAUAUUCCAAUUUUAUUCCUGGAAUUUCUUUUCCCCACCCCUCAUAAAAUUGACCUUUUCAUGUAAUAAUCCAACUUUCUUCCCCCUGGAAAUAUAUAUAUAUAUUUAAAAAAAUCUCAGAAAAUGACAACUUGUUGUAAAAUCAAUAACAUCCUUGACCUUGUAUGACUGUAUUGUGCUAAUUGUAUCCAUUUCUUUUUUUUAAUUGACUUUUUUCUUUGCACUGUAGUCUUAAUGCUCCUUUUAGGUCGCCAGCAUCCUAAAAUGUGGCAUUGCUUUAAUUGUUUUGCACACAUGUAUUCGUUCAGUCCCUUGUCACAUUUGAACACAUACCAAAGGAAGCACCUUUUUUUUUUUUUUUUUCCAGUGUUCAUUUUGUUGAUUUGAAUCCACCGUAGUUGCGUUAAGUGGGAAUCUACCUUUUGAAGCUUCCAAAUGAAUUUGCUUAUUAUAUUCCUUGUAACACACACAAACACGCAUACACGUACACAAUGUAACUUGAAACAAACUUCAAUUUGGAGUGCAAAUAGUAUUCAUGGGAAGCUCAUAUUUUUAUCCUGUGCCUUAAUAUUUUGUCUUUUUCUUUUUUUAAAUGUGUUUAUCUAAUAAAAGUAAAAAAUUCAAAAUUGG